AUGUUUUAUCGCAACAACGGCGUAGGCCGAGAGGUAAGCACAAUCCGUAAUACGUGCAUCCCUAUCCGGUCCGCCCACAACUCUUUUCCAGCGACGCAGAAUCAUCACAUCAUGGGGGGGAUUUCAAGCGGCAGUUACAACCUGAACCCCGAUCAGCAGUAUUGGUGGCGGUUUGUUGAGCCCGCACUGUCUUCCAUGUUGGCGUACGCCGGGAGAUACACGCUAGAGGAACAAGAAAGCCACAAAGCCUGGUAUGCUACCCAAGUAACGCCCAUAUUCGGCCCGCGACCCUCAGAGGGAAAUCCAGACCCGAUUUUCACUCAUGAUUCGAGCCCGUGCCACAUCAGCAUCAACUGGUGCUCCAAGACGAAGCCUACAGUCCGCAGCGGUAUGACGCGACCACAUGACGUCUUCAAUAGCCAAGCCUUCGUCGAUGAGCUUCGAACCGCCAUCGAAACGUCUCAUGAGCCAGACCUGACCUUAUUUGAUGCCUUGGCGAAAUCGUUGUUCGUCCAUGACCCGCAGGAAGUCGCCAAAGUCAAGGCUGUGGUGCCGCUCCAUCUGCACACGCUUAUACCCAAUAUUGCCAUCGCUUGGGACCUCGUCGGCCCCAUAAAGAAGCUGAAGCUCUAUCACAACCCUCAAGCCAAGAAACUGGCCACGGGAAGAACCGGCAACGAAAUCGUCAUCAGUAGCAUUAGGGCAUUGGCCAAAGAUGGCUACGACUUCACUGAGGCCAUGGACAUACUGGAGCGAUAUGUCAUGAAGCUCAACGCAGAACAACUGGAACUCAUCAUCAUAGGCUUGGACGCUGCCGACCCAAACCUGCCAACUACACGAGUCAAGCCAUAUGGCAUUGUCUCUGAAGCCAACUCCUGGGAAACUGUCAAGAACAUCUACACCCUAGGAGGCCAGGUUGUCAACGAAGAGCGUAUGAAAGGGCUUGAAAUCUUACACUCCAUCUGGGAUCUCAUGCGUUGUCAUAGAGGAGACCCCCUUCCUGAUGACUAUCACAAGCCCAAAAAUGAUGCGAGCUCGACCCGCGGCGUGUUGACCCCCAGUUUUGAGGUGGCUCCAGGUCAAACGGUUCCCAAUGUCAAACUGUACUUGAGCCAGUGGCAGUUUGGCAAGUCUGACCGCGAGAUUGCUGAGUGCACUGUUGAGAUAUUCAGAAAGCUGGGGUGGCAACGUGAGGCAGAUUCCUACUUUGACUUCCUGCGUGACGCCUUCCCCUAUGUCGACCUAGAUAAGCCCCCGGCCAUACACGAGUUUGUGUCUUUUGCGUACAACGAUACCAAUGGCGUGUAUUUUACUAUAUAUUUUUCCCCCUGUGGAAGAUCAAUGAACAUCUCCGGUCGCGAUGAAGGAAAAACAACGGCUAAUGGAAAUGGGAAACUGUUUGAAGGCCAAUACACUGGCUGGCCAGCGCACCUAGACUCCGCUCCAGUAUGAGCCUUCACCCACGGCACUCAACCGUAGCUAAGGCGAAUAGGUGAUUCUGUAAUAUAGCCAGGGUUCCCUUUACUACUAUCAAACGAGCAACAGUGAUGGACAGCUGACCUAGUAUAAUGAUUCAAGGCAAG